ACUGAUUACACAGUAUUGUCUCCGCGCCGAUGCCCCUCCAAUACAGGUGGAUAAUUGAUUGGACAAACAAAGACUUUGGGAAUUUAUAAAACCGUUACGCAAUGCAUUUUUUAGGGUCGAGGGGGGGCAGUCAGCGCUUUUCAGAAAUUACGGCGGGCGGUGGGGCGAACGGUGUGGCGGGAUAUGACGUUCGAUUUAAAGGGUAGGUGCGUAGGGGGUGGCCCCCGGGCGGGCUGCAGGGCGGCUGUUGACGGGUGCUCGGCGCGUGCGCGCUGCGGAGGCCGCCCGAUUUCCGCACGAGCGUUGACAGUUUGCCCGGACUUACUUCCUCGAUACCGCGCGUCCGCGGCGUCGCAGCUUCAGGCCGAGUUCUGCCCACCUGGCCUUCGGCCCAGACUCGCUCGCUUGCCCGCCGAUGGCGGAGUGACAACUCAACGGAAGGUAACCGAGGCGGCCCGGGCAUGGACUCUCAGCAGCAGCAGUACUGCCUCAAAUGGAACAGCUUCGGUUCAAACUUGGCCACGUCGUUCGCGAACCUCUGGAACUCGGAGAGUCUCGCCGACGUCACACUGUACUGCGAAGGCCGCCAGUUCAAGGCUCACAAAGUAAUCCUAGCGGCGUGCAGCAAGCAUUUCCAAGAACUCUUCGACACCGCACCUCCCAGCCAUGCGGGGGCCUGCUACGUCAUCCUCGAGGCCACCACGGCGGACAACAUGCAGGCGCUGCUGGAGUUCAUGUACAAGGGCGAGGUCCACGUCAGUCAGGACGCGCUCUCCAGCUUUCUUAAAAGUGGAGAGAACUUACAGGUCAAAGGCCUCUCAAUGGAGAUGUCACAGGACGCAUGGGUAAAACAGCAGACACAACAAUCCUCAGAACGCCACCAGACUCGCAUUAAAACGAGCCCAGUGUCCAACACAGGGAACUGCGACGGUCCCGAAGCGCAGCAGUCGCACAUGUCGUUCGCGCCGAUAAUCCCGGGCUACGGGCUGCCGAUCCACGGCGGGGGUGCGGGGAUGGGACGCUACGCGCCUCCCGCGCAUGUUCCCCUACACCCGACGCCACAUCGAAGACCCGCGCCGCCUAAAGCAUCGCCGUCUCAGAGCCCACAUGCUAGGAAUUAUAGACAAAGCUCAUCAUCAUCGCACUGCGGCAGCGUGGCGGAGGAGCCGGACACGCGCUCGUCGCCGGGCGCGGGCGCGGGCGCGGGCGCAGGCGCGGCGGGUGGCGGAGCGCGCUACGACGAGCCGCCGGACUGCGCGCAGCUCAACGCCGUCAAGAACAACGGCUACGAGCGCACCGACGACCUGGAGCGGCGGGACACCGACCAGGGGGCUGAAGAUUUACGGGUCAAAAACGAGAACGACUACCACACGAGCGGAUACAACAAUGCGUCACCACCUGCCGCGACCAUGCCCCCCAGCUACCACGACAAGCCGCUAGCCACCUCCCCCGUGCCCAAGCCCACCGCCGACAUGACGUGGCCCACGAAAAUGAUCACGAGCAAAUCCGGCGGCAUCGCCACUCCUGACGGCAAGAAGCUGAAGUGUCCGUACUGCGAGCGGCUGUACGGGUACGAGACGAACCUGCGCGCGCACAUCCGCCAGCGGCACCAGGGUAUCCGCGUGCCGUGCCCGCACUGCUCGCGCACGUUCACGCGCAACAACACCGUGCGCCGCCACAUCGCGCGCGAGCACCGCCACCAGGCCGGCGCCGGCUUGCACGCGACCGGUGCCAACCACGCGCAGUAGGUCGCCGCCGUCCUCCCGAUAUACCUCCCAGAACCAUAUUAUUCUAACCGGUAAUCUACCUCAAAAAUUGAUCUUAAGGUUAAUUUUAAUCGUGCGAUAAUAAUUGUUACUUAAUUCCCUUGCGGCUCGGGCCGCUCGCCCGGCCCGGGUCGGGGCUCGGUCGGAAACCUUCGAAUAUGUCCGGUUGACUGUGGACGAAGUUACCUCUCCCCGGCCGGUCGUCCGGGGGCCGGACGGUCCGGUCGAGGAUCUUAGAAAUGAUGUUGAGACUGAUGGUCAUAGGCUAAGUGUAUGUAAAUAAUAGGAGAAUAUUGUGUGACGCCUUGGCCUAGGUUGAGACACGCGUUCGGGUUCGAUGUGGCAAAAUCUCUACAAUUUUAUUUUCUACGCCGUUUCCGGAGCAUUUUUAUACAUAAAGUUACUGAUAGAUAAUAUUUUAAUUGUAGUCCGCCGGGUUAAUUUUCUGCAACGCAUCUGUGAUACGAUAAUAGACGGGCAUUUAUUUUUUGCUUCUAGUUUUGCCACAUUGUCCUCUCUAAGGGUUAUAGAGCUGUAGAUUUUUAGCAGUUUUGUACUGUACAGUGAACUUGAACGGUUUUAGUUUGUACGAAGUACAAUUUGCCGAUAGGAACGUAAGUAGUUAGGUAAAGAAAUAAAAUGGUGUUUUGAAAAUAAUGCACGUGAGAGAUGCAUGAAUGUGUUUACAGCCCAUAGUAUCUGUCGUUCUUUCGAUCCGAGCGGGUUGCCUUGUAACAAUUCUCGAACCGACCUACCUACUCCGCGACGAUUGUACCUAAUUUGAUUGUUUUUAAAUGGAAGGAGUCCGUUUAUAACGAUUAAAUUAUGCCAGUUUUUACCGAACUUGAUAAUAAUAAGAAAUUUAAUCUACUUUUAAUUACUUUAACGCAUAAAUAUAUUAUCAAACUUAGUUGCGUUGUUACAUCGCCGCCGCCGGCUCGCUGCACGGGUGUUACUAUUGAGACCAAAAUAAUUAUAUGUUUCAUGGGGAUGGUAUCGAUUUUAACAUUCCGUUUUGAAGUGUUUUUUCUUUUAUCGUAGUGCAUUUAGGUGAAGGCCACUUACAUACCUUUAAUAUUCCUAGUCAUUUCAGUGCAACCACUUGAGGUUUUUUUAAUUAUUUAAUGGUAAUUUAGGGGCGGGUUUCGGGUCAUUGUAUUAUAUGUUGUGUGGACCCGCGGCUCGCUCUAUACUUGAGAAGUAGCUUUCCUCUGCAAUACAUGCUCUUUAGUUUUCGUAACUCAGAUGGGACAGUGCCAAAUAUCAUCAAUUUAAGUUCACAUCAAUUUAUUUAUUUUAUAUUAUUCUUUUAUAUUGUUAAGUGUGGGUGUAGCGACUGUGUGUUAUAUUCCUGAUAUUUAGGAAUACGCUGCAUUCAUAUUUAUUAUAUUUAUAUUUAGGAUACACUAUUAAAUAUUUAUGAGAGACAACGCCUUCCAAAGGCUCAGUGAUUUUAUUUUAGUGAUUCUAGUUUCUGUUAGGUUACCAUGGGAAGACAGCGUUUUAGUUCUCUUUUAAUGGUUUCGGGAUAUUAUUGUUUUCAAGAAUAGUUAAGUUCAGAGUUUGGGGCCGGAUCCGUCCGCAUGUCAAACAGUUUCGUCUUUAGCAUUACAAAUGUUCACGUUGCGACAAUGACUUAAUUUAUGACUGAAUCAAAUGAAAAUAGAGUAGUCGUAUUAUUCAUCGGUUAUAAUGUCAUUUGACUAAUUUGACUCAAUUUAUGAAUAGAACGAAAUUGCAGAACGACACGGUAUGAUUUGGCCCAAUUGUUCAUCUCCGUUUUGAUAUUUUAGUAGUUACCAAUGUAUGACUAUGAAAGAUUUAUCUCAUUCAAAUUUAUAAAAACAGACUUCUAUUUUCUAUACUAAUGUUGACGUUAAGUCCAGUUUUUAUGUAAUCUUCGAUAAGUAACUCGGUUUUGAUUUCAAAGGUUGAAUUGGUUUCGGAUGGGUAUUUAAUCGUGGCAAGAGAUCGCAGGCCAACUGUCCUGUCUCCCGACAAUACAAACUUUAUUAUAAUAUUUGUUAUAAACUUUAUAAUAAUUAUCGCACAGAAUAAUAUUUAUUGUAUUUGUCUGAGAUCUCUUCGUGGGUAGGGUGGGGUGUUUCACGUUGUUGUAGUUGGCAUCGUUUCAAUAAUUAUCAUCAUUUUGAUCGUUUCCCAAGCGGUCGUUUUGAUUUAUGAUAAAAGAUUCAUUAAUUUUGUGGCAUUAUUUCGAUUUUUAUUUUAAGACAGAAAUAUUUUGCUAUUUCGCUUAUAAAUUGUUAAAAUUACGUUAUUAUUUGUAGUGAUUUCGAAAAAAAAAAGGAAAAAUUAUAGUUAUAUUUUUGUCUUUUCGUUUUUCUUAUGAAUUCAAAAUUCAUAGUUGUGAUUAUUUUCUUUUCGACAUUUAAUGUUUUUGUGAUACAUAAAAGAGCUGCAUAAAUGCAUCACGUUUUUUAGCUUUUGUCGUUUCUUUUAAGUUGAAUGAUGGGUUUAGUCGUAAGGAAAGUUACGAGCGAUGCUUCGAGUGGCACUAGAGGUUCGUCGAAAUCAUUAUUGGAUUUACUUCUUUCUUAAAAAACUAAGGUACAAAUUUUAGAUUACAAAUCGAACGUCAAUUUUAUUAAUAACCGUUUAUUUUUAGAAUUAUUGGAUGUUUUCUGCGAAGUACAAUAUUCAGAAUAACUUGGGAUGAUGGAUAACGCGUCUAAAUUAAGUUGAAUUGUUAAAGCUAUUUGCGGACAAAUUACUAGAGGGUCCCUAUAUAGUUAUAAUGUUGUAUUUGAUGUGAUAGGUGAAUUCACAUUUAGUCGGUGUCUGCAAUCCCUACACUAAGACUUGGCCGAACUCCCCAGAAUGUCUGUAACUCUGUAAAGAUGGCAACGGUGCGGUGAACUACUGCGGCUCGCUCCGACCGACCGAGGCUUAUCCGAGCCGGCGGAGCGGGCUCGGUAUCAGUGAUUGAAUACAAAAUGCUUUCAACUUAAUCAGGGAAGAUUUAACUAGUUUAAACACUCUCCAGUCAGAUAUACCCUUGUAAUACUGUAAAUAGGGAUCGACUGGAAAGUACUUGAUCUAGCUACGAGUUAUGACAUCUAACAAAGUCCCUGAUAAGUUUGCCAUUUCAUUAUUUUAGGAAAUUCGAAAUUUAAGGAAUCUGUUACCAUUUUGUUUGGAAUAGUGAUUUGGAGGCAACAGUGAAUGGAAGUUCAAACAGUUUGUUUAGUUUAGACCAUGAAAGUUGGACUGGGGCCCGUUUCUCAAAAGUUUGUAACAUGUAAUACAAGCGGAUGUCACUUUUUGACAGCUUUUGUUAGAAAGGGACUUCCACUUGUAUUACAAGCUACAAGCUUUUAAUAAACGGGCCCCUGGUCUACCAAUUUUACAAGCGAAUUUGUUUGAGCUUUUUUACGUAUUGUCUCCCUACGUUGUUGGAGCCUGAUUGUUUUGCUGGAACAAAACUGCCUUUGCAUUUUAUUUGCUUACCUAACGGCUCCACUUUGAGUUAUCUAUAAUAAGUUUACGUUUAGUUUAAGUUUUUAAUGUUAAAUCGCGAUAUGUCGUGAUGGUAAAGCCAAAGAUUGUUACGGGUACGGUGACCCUCUGCCGUCACACUGGCUGUACAGUGACAACACAUUCAACUUCCGUCUUUAAAAAAAAAGACAUUUGAAUAAAGAACAUUUUAAAAAGUCGUUGAACGUGCCCCACUGUACAGCCACUAGCUGAUAAGUUAAUCUACCUCGAGAAAUAUAACAUAGUAAUAAAUAAGCUUUUAAAUAGAUUUUUAUAUGCAAACGGUAUAAAUUUAGUGUGUAAGCGUGUUGCGAAAAUAAAAAAAAUAAAAAAUAAAGUACAAACUAUGCUACCUCAGGAUUCAACACUUUAACGACUUGAAAUUCUAUAAACUCUCCAGAUGUAUUUAAGAGUAUUUACAAACUUAAGAUUUCUAUACUCAUCGCGAGACGAUUUAAUACUUUAAUACUUAAAUAGUAUGGACUGAACGUUAGUGGAACAAAUAUUGUUAAAGCUGUUGUAAAUAAUGCUCAUAUGCGUUCAGAUCCGAGGCUAGCACAGACGUGAAUCUCGGUGUCCGCCGCGCCGGCCCGCGGCGCGGGUCGGUGUUGAUGUCGCCCCGCCGCGCGGGUCGGUGUUGAUGUCGCCCCGCCACGCGGGUCGGGCGACUCCGGGCCGCUGAGGUGUCGCUCCUAACCCUAGGCUAAGUUGUUAAUUAGGCUAGUUUUAAUAAUCUCAUAAACACUAUUCUACCUCAUUUCUUAAGCAAAAGCUUGUCGGGGAGUCGGCCGCAGUCGCAGUACUCGUAAUCUAAUUGUACCUUCCUUCACUCUCCGGAGUAUAAAACAUUUUUAUUCGUAAUUUUUAUUAUUAUUACUUUUUCCCAGUUAAUUUUUGUGUUACAUAGAUGUUACUAUGUUUUAAGGAGAUGAAAAAUGAAAAUUAUUGUUUGUUAGGUUUCAGCGAAUUAAAAAAAAUGUAACAAAAUUA